AUGUCGGCUCCAAACGAUGGCUACGGCCAAUAUCCCCAGCAACCUUAUGGUCAGCAGGCAGGAUACCCCGACCCAGCUGCCGCCGGCUAUGAGAACCCAGCAGGCUCACCCCCUCCCUCGGCGACCGCCCCUCAAGCCGCAGACCAUGGCAAGAAGAAGAAGAGAGCUUAUGCGGCGGGAGCCUUUGACGUUGGCAGCGGUGCCAAUGCGGCAGUCGGCGGUCAGCAACAAGGAGGGGGGCAAUUUGGUGCUCCUCAACCGGUAGCCACAGGAUAUGGUGGCUACCCUGCUCCAGAACAACCGCAAGCCUCGCCAUAUGGUGCCCCUCAGCCGUAUGGCUCUCCCGUACAAGCUACCGGCGCUGGUGGAUAUCAGGCUCCCGAGCCCUACUACCCAUCGUCUGGAGCACCAGCCGGUCCGGGCGGAGUGUCUGGCCUCACACAAGGCAUGGCAGGCAUGCAACUCGGAGGCACCGGGCAGCCUGCGCAACCUGCUGCUGCUGCUCAACCGCGGCCUGGCCCAUUGAACCAGCUGUAUCCGACGGACCUGUUGAACCAGCCGUUCAAUGUUUCUGAGCUAGACCUGCCACCCCCGCCCAUUAUCCUUCCACCCAAUUCCAGCGUUACUGCUUCUCCUGACUCGAACUGCCCGCCCAAAUACAUCCGAUCCACCCUCAAUGCUGUCCCGACGACUCACUCUCUUCUUAAGAAGUCGAGACUACCAUUUGCUCUAGUCAUCCAGCCCUAUGCGGCUCUGCAUGAUAUGGACGAUAAUGUGCCAAUUGUUCAGGAUCAGGCUUUUGAUUGGGACGCAGCCGCUCAGAAGAGUGUGGAUCGUUGGCAACGGCACGAGCUGAACCAUUCCGUGGUAGAGUUUGUAGCUCCGCAGGAGUACAUGGUUCGACCCCCUCAGCCGCUUGUCUACCUAUUCCUUUUCGAUGUCAGCUAUGCUGCCGUGUCCACUGGCCUCCUUGCGACAAGCGCUCGAACUAUCCUCGAUAGCUUGAACAGGAUACCAAAUGCCGAUCGCCGCACUCGUCUCGGAUUCAUUGCCGUCGACUCCAGUCUUCAUUACUUUGCUAUUCCGAAGGAUGGCGAGGAGAGUGGCGAGACGAGCAUGCUCGUUGUAAGCGACUUGGAUGAGCCAUUCCUUCCCGUUCCGCAGGAGCUUCUCGUGCCCUUGACAGAGUGUCGCCAGAGCAUCGAGACCUUCCUUCAGAAGCUCCCCGAUAUGUUCAUCAACAAUCAGAACAAUGGGUCUUGCAUGGGCUCUGCUCUGAGGGCUGGUCACAAGCUCAUCUCUCCUUUGGGAGGUAAGAUUGUUGUCCUCAGCGCAUCCCUACCCAACGUCGGCUACGGCAAGCUCGAAAUGAGAGAAGACAAGAAGCUACUAGGAACUUCCAAAGAAAGUAGUCUCCUUCAAACCGCCAAUAGUUUCUACAAGAGCUUCGCGGUAGAAUGCUCUAAGAACCAGGUUUCCAUUGAUAUGUUCUUGUUCUCCUCCCAGUAUCAAGAUGUUGCAUCUCUGAGCAAUCUACCGAGAUACACCGGAGGUCAGACGUGGUUCUACCCGGGUUGGAAUGCCGGCCGGCCGGAGGAUGCUAUCAAGUUUGCCUCCGAGUUCAGUGACUUCUUGUCUUCCGAAAUCGGUCUGGAGGCUGUACUCCGUGUCCGUGCUACCACCGGUCUACGCAUGAGCACAUUCUAUGGAAAUUUCUUCAACCGAAGCUCUGAUCUCUGCGCUUUCCCUGCAUUCCCCAGGGACCAGUGUUAUGUCGUCGAAGUGGCCAUCGAUGAGAGUCUCACCAAGAACAUUGUUUGCAUGCAAGCCGCCGUCCUGCACACCACCUGCAACGGUGAGCGGCGCAUCCGAGUUUUGACGCUUGCCCUCCCUACUACCACCACUCUCGCCGAUGUCUAUGCUUCAGCAGACCAACAGGCUAUUACGACGUACUUCAGCCACAAAGCGGUUGAGAGGGCACUCAGCAGCGGCCUGGACGCAGCACGAGACUCUUUACAGAGCAAGGUGACUGAGCUUCUCCAGACUUUCCGGAAAGAGCUGGCUGGUGGCAGCAUGGGUGGUGGUCUGCAAUUCCCCUCGAAUCUGCGUGGGCUUCCUACUCUUUUCCUAGGUUUAAUCAAGAAUGUUGGCUUGCGCAAGUCAGCUCAGAUCCCGUCCGAUUUGAGGUCUGCUGCACUAUGUCUGUUGUCGACGCUCCCCUUACCCUUGUUGAUGCAGUAUAUCUACCCACGCCUUUACUCACUACAUGAUAUGCCCGAUACAGCUGGCGUACCGGAUCCCGAGACGAGUCAGAUUGUGCUGCCGCCGCCUCUGAAUCUCUCAUCGGAAAGAUUUGUUCCUUAUGGUCUUUAUCUGAUCGAUGACGGCCAGACUCAGUUCCUCUGGGUCGGCCGAGACGCAGUGCCCCAACUCUUGGCAGACGUCUUUGGUGUGUCAGACAGGACACAGUUGAGAGUUGGCAAGGGCACAGUACCAGAACUAGACAACGAUUUCAAUGAGCGAGUCCGGGCCGUCAUCCAGAAGAGUCGAGACUACAAGUCACGCGGCGUUGGUAGCAUCACCCUGCCCCAUCUUUAUAUCGUCCGUGAAGAUGGCGAACCCAGCCUCAAGCUCUGGGCCCAGACAUUGCUCGUGGAGGAUCGAGCCGACCAGGGGACGUCAUUCCCGCAAUUUCUCGGACAAUUACGCGAGAAGGCAGGUUAA